AACCCCGGAGGCAUGAGAAGGCUGCCCCUGUCGAGGGGGGCGAGUCCGUCUUGGGCCGUGGCCCCGCCCACUGAGGGGUGUGGCCUCUGAGCAGGAGGGUCUGGAGGGGAGGGGGGGUGGUGCGGGGGAGCGAGCAAGUAGUUUGUCCUCAGCCGCAGAGAGGCUAGACCUAGACCUCCCCCGAAACCCCUUGUCCUCACUUUCAACCCCUGGGGCACCAUGCCACUCGCCCGCAGCCUCUCAGUGACCUCUCUGACAGGAUUGGAGGAUUGGGAUGAUGAACUCGACCUAGAAAAUGCCAUCCUUUUUGAGGUGGCUUGGGAAGUGGCCAAUAAAGUUGGUGGGAUCUACACGGUUAUCCAGACCAAAGCCAAGAUUACACUGGAUGAGUGGGGAGAGAAUUACUUCCUGAUUGGGCCUUACCUGGAGCUGAAUGUCCGCACACAGGUAGAGCUCAUAGAGCCGCCCAACCCUGCCAUCCGCCGCACCAUUGACUCCAUGAACGCAAAAGGAUGCAAGGUUUAUUUUGGCCGCUGGCUGAUUGAGGGAGGUCCGUAUGUUAUCCUCAUUGAUAUCGGGGCAACUGCCUGGAGCUUGGACCGCUGGAAGACAGAGCUCUGGGAAAGCUGCUCCAUCGGGAUUCCCUGGUACGACCGAGAGGCCAACGAUGCCGUGCUCUUCGGCUUCCUCACAGCCUGGUUUAUGGGGGAGUUUGCUGCACAAUGUGAGGAGAAACCUUUCAUCAUCGGCCAUUUCCAUGAAUGGUUGUCUGGAGUCGGUCUCUUCCUCUGCCGAAUCCGGAAGCUUCCGGUGGCUACCAUCUUCACCACACACGCCACCUUGCUUGGCCGAUACCUGUGUGCGGGCAGCGUGGACUUCUACAACAACCUGCAGAAAUUUAAUGUGGACAAGGAGGCUGGGGACCGGCAGAUCUACCACCGAUACUGCAUGGAGAGGGCUGCUGUCCACUGCACCCACGUCUUCACCACCGUCUCCCAGAUCACAGCCGUGGAAGCUGAACACCUGUUAAAGCGGAAGCCUGAUAUCGUGACUCCCAACGGACUGAAUGUCAAGAAAUUCUCUGCCAUGCAUGAAUUCCAGAACCUCCAUGCCCAGAGCAAAGCUCGUAUCCAGGAAUUUGUCCGGGGACACUUCUACGGGCACCUAGACUUCAACCUCGACAAGACCAUUUUCUUCUUCAUUGCCGGGCGCUAUGAAUAUUCCAACAAAGGGGCUGACAUUUUCUUGGAAGCUUUGGCCCGACUCAACUACCUGCUGAGGGUCAACGGCAGCCAGACCACAGUGGUGGCCUUCUUCAUCAUGCCAGCCCGGACCAACAACUUCAACGUUGAGACUCUCAAAGGCCAGGCAGUCCGCAAGCAGCUGUGGGACACAGCCAAUGCAGUUAAGGAGAAGUUUGGCAAGAAGCUUUACGAAUCACUGCUUGUGGGGAAUCUUCCUGACAUGAACAAAAUGCUGGACAAAGAAGAUUUCACUAUGAUGAAGAGAGCCAUCUUUGCUACCCAGCGCCAUUCUUUCCCCCCAGUCUGCACCCACAACAUGCUGGAUGAUUCCACUGACCCCAUCCUCAACACCAUCCGACGCAUCGGCCUCUUCAACAGCAGCGCUGACCGCGUCAAAGUCAUCUUCCAUCCCGAAUUCUUGUCUUCCACUAGUCCUCUCCUUCCUGUCGAUUAUGAGGAGUUUGUUAGAGGCUGCCAUUUGGGGGUCUUCCCUUCUUACUAUGAGCCGUGGGGCUACACACCAGCUGAAUGCACUGUCAUGGGCAUCCCCAGCAUCUCCACCAACCUCUCCGGCUUUGGCUGCUUCAUGGAGGAACAUAUAGCGGAUCCAUCUGCCUAUGGGAUCUACAUCCUUGACCGACGUUUCCGGGCCUUGGACGAGUCGUGCACGCAGUUGACCUCUUUCCUCUACAGCUUCUGUCAGCAGACACGGCGGCAACGCAUCAUCCAGCGAAACCGCACAGAGCGGCUCUCCGACCUCUUAGACUGGAAAUACCUGGGCAGGUACUACAUGUAUGCCCGCCACAUGGCACUAGCAAAGGCAUUCCCUGACAACUUCACCUACGAGCCGCAUGAACCAACAGCGGCUGAGGGCUUCCGCUACCCCCGCCCGGCCUCGGUGCCGCCAUCCCCCUCCGUCUCCCGCCACUCCAGCCCCCACCACAGCGAGACAGAAGAGGACGACGAGCGCUACGACGAAGACGAAGAGGCGGAGAAGGACCGGCAGAACAUCAAGUCCCAGGCGCUGAUGGGUAGUGUCCCCGAGUGGCGCAAGCGCUCCAAGAAGGGCUCCAGCGAAGCGAGCGUCUCCUCCACCGCCAGCACCCCAACCCCCAGCAGCCCCAGCGACCUCAGCAGCCCCACCAACUCCCUGAGCGAGGAGAGGAAUUAGUUGGGGGGUGGGGAGAGAGAGAGGGCCGGUUGCGCCCCGGCUCACCCUCCCGCUUCUUUCCACACCUUGCCCCCCACCCCCAUAGGUCAGCUGUUCUCUGGUGCUGGAUUCUGAAACCGUCCUGGAGUGCAGUAGGGUUCUAGCAUGUUCCGGAACUGAGGAGGGUCUCGGGGCUGGCGCGUUUCUAACGCCAAUCUGUGUAUGGCUGUCUGCUCUGGAUUGGGUUGUUGUGGAAGUUGUUGGGAGGCGGUGGCGCCCGUGCUGUGGAACGGGCAAGGAAAUGGCUGCUCUAGACCACGGGGUGCAUUAUUCCUGUGUUCAGCUUGACCUAGAAUGUGAGGCGGCAUGUUCCCCCACCCCACAAGCGUGCCGCCAACUUUUUGGAAGGAGCUGUCUUGAUGUUCAUGAGGGUCCUUCUCUGCUCAGGGGAGAGCUGCCUCUGGGACACAGGAGGGGUCAUUGUGGUUUUUGGUGCCCAUGGCUAAACCGGUGACUGGCUAGGUGCAGGGUCUAGAGAUGUAGCAACGUUGCCCCCAGAUGUGCCACUGACUCGGAAGAACUGCAGCCUUUUUUAAAAAACGAAUGUUCGAGGACAUAGUCUUGUAAGUUCCUGAUCCUUUUUAUAAUAGUUGGUUGGGUGCGGUGUGUGUGUGUGACUAGCAAAGUUCUGGAACUUUAACUUGAGGAGGCCAGAAGCAUUUUUAAAAGCCAUUGGCCCACUCUGCUCGAGAGUGCUGUUUAUCAGGAGAGAGGCGGGCUUUCCCACUACAACGCAUUUUGAAUAAAUUGGGUGUGUAUCUUA